UCCGCCCCGCCGGCCGCCCGGCUCCCCGCCGCCGCCGCUGCCGCCGCCGCCGCCGCCGCGCCUGCUGCAUGCUCGGUGCCGCCUCAGCUCCAGCCGGAGGUGGAAGAUGGCGGAGCCGGGGCCGGAUUGCAGCUCUCUGCUCGAUGAGGAUCUCUCCUCCUUCGUCUUCAGUUACCUCGCUGACAGCCAGUAUGAGGUGUCCGGCGAGGAGCACCUCUACUCUGACUUCCCCGAGAUUGAUUUGUCCCAGCUGGAUGCCAGUGACUUCGACUCGGCCGGCUGCUUCAGCGAGCUGCAAUGGUGCGGGGAGCACUCGGAGACCGACUCCAGCCAGUACAGCACCGACGACUCCGAGCUCUUCCAGAUAAUAGACAGCGAGAACGAAGCGCUGCUGGCAGCCCUCACCGAGACAUUGGAUGAUAUACAGGGAGAUGACAUGGGCCUGGCUGCCUUCCGAACUAUGGAAGAGGGGGACACGCUCAACCAUGCCUACACCUCGCCUGCCCCCUCCCCCAAACCCACCGCCCCGGUCACGGGGGGGCCGCCCCCGGCCCCCGAGUUUGAUGAGCUGUCUCUACUGAAGAAGUUGCUCCUCUCUCCAUCGCACGUGCCUCCGAGCUGCGAGGCUCAGCGGGAUGGGAGCGCCCGGCGCCCGGGGACCCCCAAGUCCCGACCCACACGGCCCUGCACAAAGGUGGAGGGUCCCCGGGACAGGAGGGCGAGUGUCCCGCAGGCGCAGAGCCGCAGCUGCACCGAGCUGCACCGGCACCUCACCUCUGCCAGCCCCUGCCCGCAGACCAAAGCCCCCCAGGCUCCCGAGGAGUGCCCCAGCAGCCGCCACCACCCAUCCCCAGGCAACUGCGUCCAUCACGAGGAUGACAGCGACUCCAGUGAGGACUCGCUGAGCUCUGGCGACUUGGUGACCCCCCCGUCCUCAGCGGAGGAUGGCUCCAGCAGCCAAUUCUCCUGCGAGGGGGAAAUGCACUCGAUGGUGGAGCUCAUCCGCUACAUGCACACCUACUGCCUGCCACCACGGAAGCUGCCUGCCCGGGAUGCCACCGACGUCAAGCCCCAGCCCUGCAGCAGCCCCUUCAAGAGAGCCAAACCGGACUGUCCUGCGCAGCCGGGCCCCCCUGGCAGUGCCCAGAGCCGGCCAGGCUGUGCCUGGCAGGCGGCCGGGAGCUGCAAGAAGCCUGGAGCAUCCUUCUCCAUCCUGAAGGAGCUGCUGGCGCGGGACCUGCUGUGCGAUGUGAGCAAGCCAUACCGCCUGGGCAAGCCUGUGUACGCCGCCCUGGCCCGGCCGCCCGGCUCCCGCUCCCCUGUGCCACUGGCCCAGGACAGGGAGGACACUGGUGGGACCUGCACAUCCAGAGCCAAAAUGGCACCAGAGAAGAGCGAGCUGCGGCAGAGCCCUGGGGCCGAGGCAGAGGCACCGCAGGAGCCAUGUGGCCUCGAGGACGAUGCUGGGAAGCAUGCGGGUGCCCUGGGCACAGCUGCGGGGAAGGUGGCCCGCAAGCAGGAGAGCAGCCUUUAUGCCGUCCGCCGGUCCAAGAGACUCAACCCCGAGCUUGGCCACUGGCUUUCCUUCCUUGACGAGCCACCCCCUGAGCCCUCCGUCCCCCGGGAGGUAGGGGACAGCCGUGGCCCCCGGGACGCCCUGGCCUGCAGGGAGCCUGCAGCGUGCCCGGGGCUGGAGGGCUUUUCCGCAGAAGAGCCAGCAGCCGAAGUGGAGGUCGGGGGCACGGAGGAGGGAGACAGCGGGAGCUCAGCACUGCUGGCAGAGCCCCAGCCCCUCUCCCUGGGCUCCCUGGGGGACGGCGAGGUGGGCGACGGGGCUGAAAGCCAUCGCUGUGCCCUCCGGGAGCAAGCAGAAACACCCAGGUGUCUCACGCUGUCCUUGGCACAAACUGACCCAACCUUUGGGAAGAGAAACUUUGAGCCGAUGCUGACCGUGGAGCUGUGUGGGACGGCAGGUCUCACGCCGCCCACCACUCCGCCAUACAAGCCUGCCGAGGAGGACCUGUACAAGCCAGACAUCCCUCAGGAGCCAGGGAAAGAGGACGGGACAGCCCCCAGCCCCAGGGGUGCAGGGGACGCAGCAGCCUCCCAGAAAGCCCCCAAGAAGCACCCCGAGAGGACAGAGCUCUUCGCCCACCUGAGCCGAGCCGCUGGGCGCCCCGCGCUCCCCGAGCAGCAGGGCCUGCUCAAGCGGCCAUUCUCCCGCUCCUUCGGGGACCACGACUACUGCCAGGUGCUGAAGCCCGAGGCUGCCCUGCAGAGGAAGGUGCUCAAGUCGUGGGAUCCCCCGAGCCAGGUGGAGAUGGAGCACAAGAGGAGGGUCCCGGCCGCCCACUACCAGGGGCUGGACCUCAGUGGGAAGGAGGCGGGUGGCGAGAUGCUGUGGAAGGACGGCGUCAAGCAUCUGAGAGACCAGGAGAUCAGAGCCAGCUUAACGAAGCACUUUGGCUUUCUGGACAGUGCCCUCGAUGACGAGGACAUGGUCUUCUGCAAGACCCCUGAGUACGACACUGUCUUUGAAGACAGCUGCAGUGAGAGCGGCUCCCCUGUGGAGGAGGAGGAAGAGGAGGAAGAGGAGGAGGAGGAACAUGGCGACACCAAGCUGUGCCUGCGGAGAAACCCCCUUUCCAGGACCAGUUUGCAUUACUGUCCACGGAGCCGGUCCAGCUCGGGAUCUUCGUGCUGCCGGUCACGAUCACCUGCAAGCAGACGGACCUUCAGGUGUGAGAACAGCGAGCAGUGUCAGGGCGGGAGCGGGCACUGGGGCCAGCUGGAGAAGAGACGGGAAAAGGCCAUCGGGGAAGGCCGGGUGGUGUAUAUCAGAAACCUCUCCAGCAGCAUGAGCUCCAGCGAACUGAAGAAACGCUUCGAAGUGUUUGGUGAAAUCGUGGAGUGUCAGGUCGUGUCCAGGACUAACAGGGGGGAUAAAUAUGGCUUCAUCACCUACCGGUAUUCAGAGCAUGCCGCCUUAUCUCUGAAGAACGGCACCUCGCUAAGGAAGAGGAAUGAGCCUUCGUUCCAGCUCAGCUCUGGUGGCCUCGGGCACUUCUUCUGGACCAGAUACGCUGACCUGGAUUGCAGUGCGGAGGAGUCCUCCCCAGCUCCAGUGAAAAGCAAGUACGAGACCAUGGAUUUCGACAGCUUGCUGCAGGAGGCCCAGCGAAGCCUGCAUCGGUAACAGCCUUAACCUUGGAGGAAUACCUCAAUACCUCAGUCAAGGCACUUCCAAUAUGUUUACGUUUUCAAAGAAAUUAUUCAGUCUAUGGAAAGCGAGAGAGAGCGAGAGAGAGCGAGAGCACGCACGCGCGAGAGAGAGAGACUGCCGUCCCUUCCGAUCGAUGUUUACAUUGAACAAAGCUGCUUCUGUCUGUGAGUCCCCAUGGUGUUGAUGUCUCACUGCCACACGUUAGUCACCCCGCUUCUGACUGGUUGUUUUAGGGUGAGCCUAGGAGCCCCCCCGGCCCCUCUCCCCCUUCCCAGACCCCCCCCGCCCCAUGCUCCCGCCGCGGAGUUGCAGCUGUGUUCACCAUAACAUUUUUUUGUCCGUAGUGUGUGAUGAUGAAAUUGUUAAUUGUGAAUAGAAUCAGGAUUAUAAACUAAUUUUUAAUAGAAGAAGAGAAAAAAAAAAAGUAUAUACUUAAAAAAAUGUAUUUAUGGCUCAGAUGUACUGUAAUUCAGAUUUAUUGUACCGCUUCCUUGAUUUUUAACUAUGCACUGUAAUGAGGCAUUUGCCACUCAGCAAAUGGGGGGUCAGAGCAGAGUCACGGAGCCGGCAUUCACCCAUCGGCCGCGGAGGCACCCGCCUACCCCGCUGGCAAACCGGGGUGCUCGGUGGUCGCGUCGGGGUCGCCCACUUUCCUGUCAAAGCCAUUCUUCUUGCCCACGUGGCUCGAGCCCCCCAGCCCGGCUGGGUCGCAGUACCCAGAUGCUGAGCUCGGUGCUGGUGGGUGAUGGAGCUGGUGGCCGGUGGGGCACGUGCCAUUCUCGCCGUGGGGCCAGGCAGCUGUGCAGGCACGAAGGAGAGGGGUGGUGGAAGGAUGCACUGCCCAGGGGGUGGCUGCGGGACCAAUGCCGGCCAGCCUGCGCAGCUCCAGCCCUCCGCUGCCCUUGGAGCCAGGAGAGAGGGGUCGGGGAGCGGGAGCCAGCCAGGCUUGAUCCGGCUGGUCCUGGGGAACGAGCACCUCCGGGUCCCUGCACGGGAGCUGGCUUCUCUCCGGCGCCUCGGGUGGCUGGCAGAGCGGCCGGGGCAGGCGGCUUGCUCCGCACUCGCUUUUUCCCCUCCAAAGCAAGCGGGGUGAGGAGACCUGGCUGUGAUCCCUGCCCCGCAGCCAGCCCAGAGAGGCAGGGAGGCAGGGGGAGGGCCCAGCUCACCCACCACCCUGCCCAGUACCUGACAAGCCAUACACUUCCCAGCACCUGGUUGGCACCCAGGACCCGUCCCCCCGCCGGAGCCCCAUGGCACGCUCACCCCCUCUGCCUCUGGCUGGGGGCCCUCGGGGCUGCCUGGCAGCACUGGAUUUAAGGCAUGCUCAAACAACACCCCCCCAAAAUAUGCUUGCAAACCUGCCCUCCCUCUCCGGGCGAGGUGGUAGGGGGAGAGAGGUGACCACCAGCUGGAGCAAACCCCACUGCGAGCCGGCCAGAGGCACCAUUUUACCCCAAGGGAGCGGGAAUCUUGCUGCUCCUCAAGCCAUCGCCAUCGUCUCCAUUUAUUUUUCAGACCCAGAGACCACUAGGGAUUCAGCCAUCCUCUGUAGAUAGAAUAUUAUAGCCUUAACUCUGCCAAUAGAUAGAUUAGAGUCUCCUGGGGUCUCCUCUCUUCAUGACUUAGGGGUUUUAUUCUCAUUUCCCUGGCGUGGAUACGGUUUCGUCUUGCAGGGAGUCUGAGCAAAGCCUCUGGAACUACAGGAGACGGGAUGCCGAGAGCCUGAGCCCUGCCGAGUUGGCCCUUGACUCCGGGGCCAUGCCUGCAGCUGGUCUCCGGCGGGAGCAGAGGUGCCGGCGGCGCCGAUACCAGCACAGUCACCUGCUUGUUUCUCCCCGCUUUUGGGGAAGCCGCGAUUCUGACGACAACCAGCCCGGCAGUGUGAGGGCCCACGGGCCACCGCGGGGUUUGAAACCGUGGGUCCCCAGUCUGCCGCCGGUGACGAUCAGUGUCAGGGAACAGUCCUCGUGCCAUUUCCGUCUCAGCAGCAAGGUUCGGCAUCUCCCGCCGCUUCUCAUCCCACCUUCGCAAACACGAGUAGCUCUGGCCCAGACUGAGCAUCUGCUAUUGGCAAUUGCCUCAUUGUAGCUUUGCCUUUUUCUGUCCUAGUAUUUCCUCACAACGAUGAUGUUUACAUGUGAUUGCUAUAGAGCUUAUGUAGAAUGUAUAUAGCGACACAUUUAGGGUGGGUAGUACUGUCCUGUGCUGUGCUAAUGUUUUUCAGAAAACGAUCAAUCCAAAAAAAAAAAAAAAAAACCAACAACAAAAAAAACCCCCAACAACAAAAAAAGCAAAGUAAGUGGAAUUCUUCCAUCUCCCGCUCAGCCGCGGGCACCGAGCCCCCGCGGCCGCCCCCGCCGGGGAUGCAUCAAGCGUGGCGGAGGGGAGGGUUAGUGCAGAGCUGGGGGGCUCCGGAGCCGGGGGGAGCCUUCUCCUGGGGGAUCACUCAGUCGCUUCCCAAGCAUUGGUUUCCGUGAACCCGGAUAUAAAAUUUCGGAAUGCUUUCCUGCGGCUGGGCGCCCCGGGUGGGCCCGCAGCCCCCGCCCCUGCCUGGAUUCUGGAUGUGGAGGCCGGUGCUGGGGAAGGGGAGGGCUCGUCCUGCACAGAGCCGAUCAGUACUGCACCCGUAGGGUAGGAAGAGACGCAAUAAGUGGUCUUCGUGGUGCCUGAAGCCUAUAAGUGGGGUUGGGUUUUUUUAUCUUAUUUUUUGGUUUGGGGUUUUUUCUUUGUUUUUUCUUUUUUUUUUUUUCCCCCCUUUCAAUUGGGAUGGUUUGGUUUCCCUCCUCCCCCAAGAAAUUUCUCCAGGACUUAUGCACUACGCGCAGAAAUGUGCACGGCGCAGGGGCACAAGUGUGGCUGGGGCAGCCCUGUGCCACCGCCCGCGUCUGCUGGCCCAUGGCUGUGGCAGGGAAAAGCAGGGGACACGUGCUGCCAGCCCUGGGGGCACGUCCCACCCCCUCCCGGGGCUGUGUGCUGCCUGCCCCGGGGGGCUUCCCCUGACUUUUAGGACAGGGUGAGAGUGGGGAGUGUCCAGCUCAAGAUGCACAGGUCUGCUGGGUUUAGAAUCCCUCACGCUGGGUUUGUGGUGAAAAAAUAAGUUUCCACUUGAUUUUUUUUUUUUUAAUUUUUUUUUUUAAUAUAAAGGUGUCUUUAGCUUGCAGUGCUCGAGUCUGCAAAGGCGUGGGAAGGUGGGCUCGGGCAGAAGGGGCAGGUGUGAGCUCCCUCCCUUAGCGGCCCAGGACUUUGGGAUGCUAACGGGGAAACAGGGCAGGAGCCGAGCAAUGGCCGGGCACCCCGUGGGGAGCAGCAGCCGGCCCUGCCGGGGAAGCGCCGGCCUUCGCAUGUGCCUCAUCCCCGGAGCUGCCGGGGAGCGGGGAUGGCCACCCCCCAGGAUUAGCUUUACAGUCUCAGCCUGUGGCAUCGCGGGGGGUGCCCCGGCAUGGGUGCAGCUCAGCGCUGGGCACCCCGAAAAGGGAACCCUUGCACCCCGGGAAGCUGCCCCCCGCCGCCUGCGAGGGCCGGGCGGGAGCGCUGCUUCAAAGAGAAACGGGGAGCAAAAGGGUAUUUUGCGGUAGGCAAUAAGUAAGGAGGAGAUUUAUUUUUUUAAAAAUAUAUAACUAUAGAAUGUGCCCCAGCAGUUUCCUGCAGGUACUGUGGGGAAAUGCUGAAUGUGAAGAGUUUCGUGAUACAAUGCCCCUUUGCCUUUUUUGCACAGAUUUGCCCCAGAAAAGCUCGUUGUUCAGGGUGGGGUACCGGCUGGAAUCCACCGGGUCCCUGGGGCUCCGCGGGAAGGAGCAAACGUUUCUGAGUGUCUAGGCUGAAUGCAGAGGACAAUCCCGGGUUUUAGGUUCGAUGCCACCCCAAAGAAAAGGUUUAUCCCGAUUCCUACUCAGCGCAGCUGGCAGGGCUGCACGUCUUCUUUAACAAACGGCAGCUCAGUCACCACGUUACAGUCUUGAGUGUCUGAGUUCAGCACUGGUCCAUGCAAAGGAGCGUUGCAAUUGCAGACCAGCACUUUUUUUUUACUUUUUUUUUUUUUUCUGGGUUUUUUCUCCUUUUUUUCUUUUUGGAGGUAUGCUGAACACCGAGAUACAUCCUUGUUUGUAGCUGAGCCCUGACACCCUUUCUGUUCUAAGCGCCGUGGUCCAUCCCCGACAAUCUCAAGCAAUAUAGAGCCAAAUGCAACCUUGGGGUUUCAAUCCUCUUCCCUCGCCCCCCGGCUCCGGGGCCAGGGGGGGCAGCCUGGCUGCAGUGCCCAUGGCCACGGCGCCGAGCCAAGAGCCACGAUGCGGCGAACGCUGAGCUGGGGAGGGAGAGUGUGUAUGCCUGUGAGAAAGAGAGAGAAAGACUAAAUUGAUGCAUUUCUUGAAAAAGGUGUAAGAAUUUCACCUAAAGAGGGGCACAUCUGCUUUGUUAUUUAUAAAAAAAAAAGCUAAAUUCUGUCUUUUUUUUCUUUUUUUUUUUUUUUUAAGUAAAAGGACACUGCUAAUAAUUAUUAGGGGCCAGUUCUGCCUCCCUUCCUCAUGCUGAGGAAGUACUACUUAACUCGGCAAUUUUCUACUUGCAGAGUAAGUAAAAGUAGCAGAAUUGAUCCCUCUGUAAUUAAGAAUCAAGUUUUUAGUCGGUUUUUUUUUUAAUUCAUAGAGGUUUUUUAUAUUUCACUUAAUUUUUUUCCCCAGUUCCGUUCCAUUGUGUCCUUAUUUAUGUAAUAUACUUUAACCUUAAAAGAUGGCAUAAAUUCUUAUGCCUUUCCUUUAUUAUUAUUGUUGUUAUUUUUAAAAAAGAGAUUUAUUUCUAGUGUGAUUUAACUGUCUACCUUCUAAAACGAGAGAACGUUUUCUUGUAUUUUUACAUUGUCAGAUUCUAUAGUUUCAUAGAUAAUUUAACCAAAUCGCUCAAUGUAUUAUCUAUAUCUAUCCGGUGGGUAUAAAAGUUCUAUUUUAAAUUGUGUAAAUACUUCAGAACUGGCUUCUUUUUCCAGACUCCCCUGCCGUGGAGUUACUUGUUUACAUCAAAAAGACUGUAGAAUCUCUACGCUCAUGUACUGUAAAUAGUGAAGUGAUCUGCCUAUAAAUAAACGAUAACAUAUAUACUAUAAAGUGGAAAGAAAGAAAAAAAAAAGGAACAAGUCUGUGCCACUAAUACUUUUGUUUAUGAAGUAAACUUAAGUUUACUUUUGUUUAGUUAUGGUGGGGGCACGGCCGGGGCCGGGGGGGUGUCGGAAGCCCCCCAGCUUGCUCACACCAACGCUGCACCACUGCCAGGGAUGUGGCUCCCGUCGGGGAAUCUCCCUGGAUAUUGCGAUUUUAAGUGAGGCUUCUUCCAGUUCAAAUUCUGCAGGAAAAGCCCUCUGUACUCGGGACUUUGGGAGCGGUGCCGCUGCUGCAAGACCCAUCGCAGAAGAAAUCCCCUGGACCAGGGGGGGUUAAAAAUGAAGUGGGGCAUGCACCUCGAAUUUCCUUGAGUGGGAGUAAGAGAGGAGAGGGCUGCAUUGGAAGAAAAAGUGUGGAAGAGACUCCAGAUGGUGAUGCAGCAGCCAUACGGCUCAGGACGGCACCUGGAUAGUCCUCCCCCGGUACCAGGACGAACCGCCGUGUCCCAGUACAGAGUGUCCAUCGUGGGAGCCCCGGCUGCGGAAGGGAGGGGAUGGAAAGCCCGGCCAGUCGGUGGCAGCGUGGGUAGCCCAAUGCCAGCUGUCGCCCCUGGGGGGACUGCUGGGUCGGAGGAUUGCACUGAAUUUAUCGGGAGCACGGCAUGGUGACGCUGCCAGGCAGGAGGCCCUCAGCAGCCCGAUCGGAGGAGCUCUGCAAGGUGCUGAGCUGGCCCGGCUGUUGUUUUUUCUGCCGAUUUGCACCAAUUUAGGCAGCUGCCCUAGACCUGCCCGUCUCCGGCACAUCACAGCCAGCGGGAGCCCGGCACCGGUCCCCCCCUCCCAGCCACAGAGCCAGCACCAGCCUCCCACCCCAGCCCCAGCCCUCAUCCCUGUGACUGCUGCACCCUGACUGUAGGACUCACGGGAAGCCCAUUUCCCUGCUGCUCUCCAAAAAAAUGGGCUUCGAGGCCACCAAACAGGAAUCUUUUUCUAAGGUACAUCAGGGCACGGUGACGCUGCCAGUGCCAGGACAGAGCAAAACAUGGAAUUGCAAGGAGGAAAUGCGGGGAUGCAGCUGGGGCAGGCGGAGUCGGGGUGCCCAGGGUGGGAGCGAGUGGGAGCAGGGGCACGGGAGCAGGGUCCCGGCUGGCCAGGCCCUGGGAUGGAGCAGGGACACACGAAGAGGGGACAGACCCGCACCUGAGGCUUCUCCUCCCAGCCUGGCCUGUGCCUCCCGGCACUGCAUUCCCAGGCAGCUUUCUGGAAAAUAAAGGACUGGUGCUACUCAUCGAGUAUUAACUAUCCUGCAAGCAGGCUGAAGGGAGCUGCUGGUGAACCGCGACAUCCGUUCAGCAGCUCCGUUAGUCCCAGCAAUUACUUCCAGCCAUUUGCAAAAAAAAAAACCCCAUGCAACAGUUUUCAUUGUGGCAUAACUUUUGUGAGAAAUUGGCUUCUUUGUCACACAGGCGGGCGCUGCUUUUGUAGUAGCUUAUGGGGCUGCUCUCGGGCUGCUGGAGGGAAGGGAGGCGACGUUCUCUCCUGCGCGAGGCCCACCGUGCCUUGUGGGAGGGGAAAAUCAGUCAAUAACGGGCUUUUGUGCCCAGGAACAGCUUUUGCUGCUGACUUUGGCUGGCUGGCACCUGGCGGCAGCGUGGGGGCUCAGGGGCAGCGAGGGCAGCGUGGCCAUGCUGGCAUCUGGCUGAGACCUCGGCUGCCCCGGGCUCCACCAGCUCGGUGGGACCCCCUUGCCCCACGGGGUGGGCAGGGGAGGCAGGGGCGCAGCAAGGCGAUGCCUGGAAAUGCCAUGCCAGGCUCGUGCUCGUGAAACACCUGUUGCUUGGGGUUUAUUUUGCUGCCCGGCGAGCCAUCCCGGGAUGCCCUUUGGAGUUCCCACUCCCCCUCUCACCCCGGGCAGCGGCAUCUGACACCAAAUCCUGCCCUGCUCCUCCUCCCCCCUGCCCGCCCCCUCCCAAGCUCUGCAGCACCUGCGGCUCCAGCCACCUGUGCUUGCUGUGAGUCUUUAAAUGCCGGUGGAGAGCUUUCUCCAGGUGCUGCUGGUUGUGGGUCCCACAACCUCUGUUCCUUCUUUCUCUCCCCCUCAGUCCUUGGCUGGCUGUGUUUUAAUUUCUCAUGUGCCGUCGCUGCCUCCAAAUGCCUUUUCAAACGCAGACUUGGACCCCUCCUGUUCCUCAGCAACCUCCUGCAGGUAAGAAGGUACCGUCCUCUCCCCAACGGCUUUUCCAGCACUAACCCCGCUGCCGGCAAGCCCCCACCACCCUGCUGCCUCUGGGGGAGUGUUUCCAGCUCCUUGUGGCUGCAGCUCGUGCUGCCUGCAGUGCAGAGUGGGCCCAGUCGGGCAGUGGAUGAACAAAUCCUGCGAUAACCAGGGCAAGAGCAGCGAAUCUGCCCCGGCAGCGGCUGCGAUGGGCGAGAUGCCGGCGCCGGGCUCUCGGGAGACAGCUGGCUCCGCACAGCAGUGCUGGGGCUGCCGCCUCUCUCCUCUUCUAAGCAUCUCUGCUUCCCCUUCAGCUUGACACCUACAAGGAAUGCCCCUCGCCCCUGCGACUGUGCUUUGCUCACCACAAGCGAGCGGCUGCCUGGGCGCAGGCUGAGCACCAGAGGAAGAGCAGACGGCAGGCACCUCCUCACCGCCUAAAUAAUAGCCAUGAUUUUAGAGGAAAGCUGUCCACACACCAUGGCCCAGGCUCUCGGUAGCCCCCGAAACACCGAAGGCUGACUGCCCGUGCAGAACCCGCUAGAGAAGGGCACAGAGAGGGGUGGGACUGCCCCGAUUGCUGUCCGUCAUCUGUAUCUGCUCACGCUGGUUUCAGGUCACUCGGAGCCCCCGUUACAGAGGGUCUGCAAAACAGCAGCGUCUGCCUGGAGAGAGGCAGGGGAGGGGUUUGGCUCAGCACUGCAAAACGGGCAAACUCUUGGGUGAACGCCCUGCCUUUCAUCACCACCACCACCAUCUCCAUUCAUCACUGCAAGCUACUGAAAGCGAGCUCCCGGCAGCCCAAGCAGAACAAACAACUCGUGCGAUGCCCCCGGGACGCGGGGCUCUCCCCGGCGCACUCGGGCAGCGGAGGACAGGAUGCUGCUCCGAGCAUCCUCACUCCCGGGGUUCGGCUCAC